CUCAUACGUACCUGGUACCAGCUUCAACCACUCAUUGUCAUGGUCAGGCUGUCUCGAGUUGUUGUCUUGGUGUUGCCAUAUGUCUUGACGACAUAUGCUAUCCACUUCUACCUGGACUCCACUGAAAAAAGGUGCUUCAUCGAGGAACUGCCUACUGACACAGUGGUGGAAGGUCAUUACCGUGCACAAGAAUGGUCCGAAUCCUCUCAAUCAUAUGAGAUAAACUCUGAGCUAGGGAUUCAAGUCGACGUGGAUGAACUAUCCACUGGACAGUCAGUAGUUAAAACAAGAGGCCCACCAGAGGGAAAAUUCACUUUCUCAUCACAUGAUGCCGGGGAUCACUCAAUCUGCCUGUCUUCCAAUUAUACAUCCAACUGGUUAUCCACUCGACACCACAUUCGAAUGUAUCUUGACCUUGCUGUCGGUGCCACGCGCCGCGAUACAGAGCACGACCGCUCACACAUUUCGGAUUUGGCACAACGUAUCCGAGAUCUCAACUUCAAACUGCAGGAUAUUAGAAGAGAGCAGCAGUUUCAGCGGGAGAGAGAGUCCGCUUUUCGAGACUUGAGCGAGGAAGUAAACUCGCGUGCUGUAUGGUACUGCGUUGCGCAGAUGGUUGUGCUAUUCGUGACCUGCGCGUGGCAGCUGCGGCAUUUGCGGAAAUUCUUUGAGGAGAAGAAAAUUCGAUAGAGAGCCAGAGCAAUGUAUAGGCAAAUCAUGUGAUCAUUUGGGCAUCAUCGAUCAUUUCAGUUAUCCACGAAACGG